ACCGUACCUUAGAGACGAGUUUCAUUGACUGGUAGUAGGUUUCACUUUUGCCUUGGGUAUAUUUUGACAACUCAUUGCGUUUGGCGUGCCUUCAGACUGUCUCUGGAGUUCAUAAUUAUUACAUCGCAAAAAAUAUGGCAGGCCUGGAGCUGCUGUAUGAGUUGGUGGAAAGCAGUAUUUCUUGCCCACAAGAUGCAUUUGUGUGUUUCCUUCACUGGGAGAUCGUUAGUUGUGGAUACAAGUGUGUAGGUACAGGAGACGCGCCAAGAGUCAGCAAAAAGAAGUCAGAAUCGUUACCAGCCAACUGGAAUGCCAGUCCAGAACUUUACACUUUGUACUAUGUGUCAGACGAUGAUAAAAACAACCUUCUUGCUAAGGUCAUAACAGCAGAUGACAGUCUUAUCAUCAACGUAAUGAAUCCUGAGACGGAGCAGGUAGCUGACCUAACGGUGAACAUAAGUGAUUACAUUGAUUCGGACAACCUCCAUGAUUUCAGCAGGGUAUUCUCGGAUAAACGCAAAUUAAAAAAGCUUAUUAAGAGUAGUAUCUUAUCCCCAUUAUGUGAUGGAAAGGAGAAACAGGGGACUGCUGCCAAACAACGAGCUUCUACACACACUGAAACCAUUCCUGAGAAGGAUUAUGACUCUGACCCACUGAGAAUCCCUUUUGCCGGAAGGUAUCCCAGGAGGUCAGAUCCACCUGAUCCUCUGGCACCAUUUGUAACAGGAGGGGCAGAUCGGGAUCCUUUUGGAGGUGGACGUGGUGGAAUGAUUAUGGACCCUUUAAGGACAGGAUUUCCAAGAUCUGGAUUUGAUCCAUCAUCAGGCAUACCAGGGCGGCUUCCUCCAGGUGCAGUUCCGCCUGGGGCACGUUUUGAUCCAUUUGGACCAGUCUCCAGAACUCGUCCUGGGCCUGACCCAGACCACCUUCCACCACCUGGUUACGAUGACAUGUUCAUGUGAUGAUUUGGCAGGGAAUGCUCGAAAAGCUUUAUUCCACAUUGUUGCCCAAGUCUUCUAACCCAUCCAGACAGAAGAGCGUAUUGUAGUGGAACUGCUUCUCUUCAUUGCUAACUCAGUGCAGUUUUUCACUUGUCGAAUGAAACCUGAACUGAUGCAGUAUGCAAUGAUUUCAUUAAAAUAGCACUUAUGACGCUUACUGCAUUGAUAGUGUAUUGUGCAUUCUACUUUUAUAAGCUACAGGAGAGAUGAGUACACAGCAAAAAAAAAAUGUAUUUUCUAGAAUAUCUAAACAAAUGUAUACCCGUCUGUAGUUAAGCACUUUUUAAAAUCUUCUGUUCCUGUUGUAUAAGCUGUUCUGCAGAAAUAAUUUAUUUAUAACAUUGUUGUGGAUUUAUUGAGGUCAGAUGGACAUGGUCUGUGGUCUUCCAUCAGGCACAUUUUCUUUGUUGGAUGACUAAUAAGUGUGACAUUGCAAGGUUUAUGUUUAUUUUUUGCAAUAAGUCCGCUAGUCAAUGUUCCAGCAACCAUUUAUGUGACCUGUUGGUAAAUAUUACACCUGCAUGCAGAAUGGGCUUUGCAGCCAAACCUUAUGGGAAUUAUUUCGGAACCUUUAUAGACUUCAGUGCAAUGAGAACCCAUUUUGGAAGAUCCCCAGGUACUUCUAUGCAAAUGUCUGAAAGAGAUGGUUUCUGCUGUAAGUAGUAACAAAGACAUUUGUUUUUACAAAGGGUAAAUAAAUAAAAGCCUUCUAACAUUCACUUUUCAUCUAUUAAAUUAAUAGGAUAUUUUUCAUUAAAAAUGUCUGCAUUAUAAUUUGUUCUAAGCAAGUAAAAGUAUUGCUUCAGGAUGUCCUUACAUGAGUGGAAGAAGUUUUACCUGCCUUGUAAAUAAAUAAAUAUUUGUCAAGUGUUCAGUUCA